GUCAGGCGGAUCCUCCGGUCAUGGAGGAUGUUGAUGUGCAAACCAGCUGCAAACUUUCUACACUCUAUCACUAAACCCGCUGCGUUAAUCUGCCUCUGGUUGCCAGGUCCUCUGCCAUGAAAUCCUCCUGAUUAAUUGACAUGUGCUGGUAAAAUGGCCGCUGAGCUGUUUCCUGCCAAAAAACUGCCCACUGUCGCACCCACCGCUGUUCAACAGUACCAGCAGCAGAACGUCAGCAACAACAACACCAUUCAGGGAUGUAACUGGCAGGGCUUGUAUCCCACGAUAAGAGAGAGAAACGCAGUCAUGUUCAACAACGAGCUGAUGGCCGAUAUUCACUUUGUGGUGGGACCUCCCGGAGGAACCCAGAGAGUGCCCGGACACAAGUAUGUCCUGGCUGUGGGUAGCUCUGUAUUUCACGCCAUGUUCUACGGAGAACUGGCUGAAGAUAAGGACGAGAUCCGGAUCCCUGAUGUGGAGCCAGCCUCAUUCCUGGCCAUGUUGAAGUACAUCUACUGUGACGAGAUCGACCUGUGCGCCGACACCGUCCUCGCCACGCUGUACGCCGCCAAAAAGUACAUCGUUCCCCACUUGGCCCGCGCCUGCGUCAACUUCCUGGAGACCAGCCUGAGCGCGCGAAACGCCUGCGUCCUGCUCUCCCAGAGCUGCCUGUUCGAGGAGCCCGACCUGACGCAGCGCUGCUGGGAGGUGAUCGACGCGCAGGCCGAGCUGGCGCUGCGCUCCGAGGGCUUCUGCGACAUCGACGCUCAGACCCUGGAGAGCAUCCUGCGGCGCGAGACGCUCAACGCCAAGGAGAUGGUGGUGCUGGAGGCGGCGCUGAGCUGGGCGGAGGCCGAGUGUCACCGGCAGGAGCUGCAGCCCAGCAUCGAGAACAAGCGGCUCGUUUUGGGGAAAAACAUCUACCUGAUACGGAUCCCGGCGAUGGCGCUGGACGACUUCGCCAACGGCGUGGCGCAGUCCGGCGUGCUGACGCUCAACGAGACCAACGACAUCUUCCUGUGGUACACGGCGGCCAAGAAGCCGGAGCUGAAGUUCGUUUGCAAACCGCGCAAGGGGCUGACGCCGCAGAAGUGCCACCGCUUUCAGUCCUGCGCCUACCGCAGCAACCAGUGGCGCUACCGCGGCCGCUGCGACAGCAUCCAGUUCGCCGUGGACAAGCGCGUCUUCAUCGCCGGCUUCGGCCUGUACGGCUCCAGCUGCGGCUCGGCCGAGUACCAGGCCAAGAUCGAGCUGAAGCGGCAGGGCGUGACGCUCGGCGUCGCCAUCAUCAAGUACUUCUCCGACGGCUCCAGCAACACCUUCCCCGUCUUCUUCGAGUACCCCGUGCAGAUCGAGCCCGACACCUUCUACACGGCCAGCGUGGUUCUGGACGGAAACGAGCUGAGCUACUUCGGCCAGGAGGGGAUGACGGAGGUCCAGUGCGGGAAGGUGACCUUCCAGUUCCAGUGUUCAUCGGACAGCACCAACGGGACGGGUGUGCAGGGGGGGCAGAUCCCAGAACUCAUAUUUUACGCUUGAGAAGGGGGCGUGGUCGCAACCCAAUGUUGUUCUUUAAUGAAGUGCUGCUCAGAAUUUGCACAAAGGCUGCAAAAAGAUUAUUAGAGAUUACUGACAAUCCAAAUAGACUAUAUUAGAAGUGUCUGUGCGCCUAAAAAAAAGUUCGGUCAUCAUUUACUCAACCUCAAACACAUUUUAUCCUGCUGUUUUCUAUCCGGGAUCUAUGGCUGUCAGAGUUGGGAAGUCUUAACACAGUCUGUAUAGCUUCUGAGAUGUAGUUUACAGCGUACAAAAGUGUGGGGUCAGUGAUGCAGUAGUCCACAUUUGAAGUGGAUCAAAACCUUUCAUUGAAGUUGUCCUAAAACCAAAAUUGUAUUAGGACAACUUUGAUUAACUUUUUUUUUUUUUUGAUCCGAUUAAAAUGCUGACUUUUGUAUUUUUAA